UGAAUUAAUCAAAAAGUAGUGAUAUCACUUUUUCCGACAGCGCCCGUAAAUAAAAAUAAAUAAAAAUAAUCCCACCACACAGCAACAAAAAAAAAAAAAAAGGACCAAUUGUUUUUAAUUAUCUACUAUGUGGCUAAUCCCAUCUCUUCCACUACCUUAUCGACACUUGAAAGGAAAAGAAAAAUUCGCUUGACGUUUUAUUUUUUAAUGAUUUUCUUUGUACGGAAAAAAAAAAUAAAAUCUCCUCAGAAUUCCAAUAUCGUGAUUUAUAUUUUUUUUGUGCUAAGUUAUGGUAAUUGCUAGUAAUGAAUGGAUGAAUUAUGAUGAUGUUAAAAAGCAGCAAUCGCAAAUAAUUGAAACGACGACGAAUGCUCUAAUGAUGGCUGCACCUUCCUCUCUACAACCACCACCUCCAUCUUCUUCUUCUUCUCUCUCCACAGCAAUUGGAGGAAUACCUCCAGGUACAUUAAUUAAUAACAAUUCAACAACAACCAUUCUCCUAAAUGAUUCCUCCACCUCCUCUGAUUGCGAUGAACCCGGAUGUGACACAAAUAAUGUCGCCCGAAUGGUCCUCGUCUGUCAACCCGAUUCCCAUCCCUUUCAAACACGUACCAUUUACCUAACACCGAAUAUCGAAUGCAAAGUUGGUCGUUCGAUUGCCAAAAGCAAAUCAUCCGACAACAAUGCAAUAUUCGAUUGCAAAGUCUUGUCUCGAACUCAUGCCGUCCUCUGGUAUUCCAAUGAUGGAAAGUUUUAUGUCAAAGAUACGAAAAGCUCCAAUGGAACUUAUAUAAACGAUCGCAAAAUCAAUUCCUCCGAGCCAGUUGAAUUGAAUUUUGGCGAUGUUGUUAAAUUUGGUGUCGAAGUUAUGGAGAAUUCGCGCAAAGAGGUUCAUGGAUGUAUAAUAGCAUCUGUUAAACCAUAUUUACCUGAUGGCCGCGAAGCCAUUUCAAUAACACAAGAUAGUCCAUUUCGUGGAGAUAGUCGGAUAUCUUUUGAAGAAUUGCAUCGUUUAAAUUUGUAUAUGCAAGAAACAUCGCAGCGAGAGAAGCUUUUAAAAGCUAAGCUGCAAAAUAUACAAAAUAUUCUCGAUGCAACGAGAAAGAAUUCAACAAUAUGUUGGCAAUCAAUGAUUGAUGAAGAUCGAUUAUUGAAUCGUAUUGAUUUGUUAGAGAAUAAAUUGCAAUUUUUACAAAAGAACUCUCCCGUUGAUCAAUUGAAAGAUGAAAUAUUGAAAUUGCAAGAGGAGAAAUUUAGCUAUCAAAAUUCAGCCAAAGAAGCCUUAAGUAAAGUUUAUCAAGAGCGUAUGGAAGCAAUGCAAAAGCUAUCAAAGGUUGAACGGGAUUAUACUUGUAGCGAGAAUGAAUGUUCAUUGUUGAGAGAUCAAAUACGGUAUACAAAACAGAAUUUGCAAGAUGUUAAUACGAGAUUGUUGAGUUUGGAGAAGGAGUAUAGCGAGUAUAAGGAUCAGGUGGAGAAGUGUCAGCGAGAGACGAAUGAGGAACAGAAUAAUUUUGAUGCUGCUGUUGCUGAGCUGGCUGAGAAGUUGAAAGAAAGUGAGACGGAGUGUGAGGAGUAUAAGAAGAAGAUUGGGGAAUUGUUGUUGCAACGAUCGGAAAUGUUGGAUGAAGAGGAUCAAAAGAAAAAGGAAAAAUACACAGAAGAAAACGUAGUUGAUGCCGUUGUCAAUGCAAAUGCAAAUGCAACAACAAACUAUGUAGCCACAGUUAAAACAAAUGACAGCAGCAGUACUACAACAACUCUAACCGACAAUAUAGAUGCCGCUGCCGCCGACGAAAAUAACGACAACGAAAGCGACAAAUCAUCAAUCACAACCAUCAAUCACAAUGAUAACGACAAAAAAUCAACCAAUCUUGCUGCUAACAAAUCAACAAUCAUGAAAUGGCUUGAAAAUUCUGAUUUAAAUUCAAAAGAAGGCUCCCUCGAUAUAAUGAAGGCAAUCUGCAAUGAAUCUGAUUCUAGCGAUGAUAGUGAAAAUAAUGAUGAAAUUGAAAAAUCCUCAAUCAUCACAUCAAAUACCACCACAACCACAAGUAGUACCACUGCAACACCAACUCCAACAAUGUCAUCCGAACAUAUUACCAAUAAAUUACAACUUGUUGAUAAAAAUCUUGUUCAACUUGAGGCUGAGCUGGGUAAUAAACAUGCAACAAUUGCUGGUGUUGAAAAUGGCAUACAACAGCUUGAAAAUGUAUCAUACCAAUUGCUCAAUUAUACUGUAUCACUUUUACGUGAAACUUACAGUGAAAUGUGUAGACAAGACACAGUAGCAAAUAUGCCAUCAUCACCAUUUAAAAACAAAUCAACAACACAGCCACAAUUGCAAAUGCAAGAAACACUCAUCAAUGAAAAUGAUGAUGAUGAUGAAGAUGAUGACGACGACGCUGACGAAGACGACAAACAGUACAAAAGAACGGAUAUUGUCCGACAAACACAAGAUAUAGCAGAUUAUCAAAAUGAAGUCUUAAGACUCCAACAAUUGCUCGAAAGCAAAGAAUCUACAAAUUCAGAUACAAUCAAUACCUUACAAUCUGAAUGUGACGAUUUAAAAGUAAGAAUUUCGAAUCUAACGAAAUUAGUUCAUAAUCUAAAUGAGCAAAACGAAGCUUUAGAAAAAGAAAUCGCUGAAAGUAAAAAUAAUAAAUCAACAAAAAGUACGAAAUCAACAAUAAUAAACGAAGAUAAUGAAUCGACAUCGCCACAGCAGCCACCGAAAAUAAAUAAUGCCGAUAAUGAUGAGGAAACAAAAUCGACAAAAUCAAACGGAGAAGAUUCUUUAUUAUUGUCAUCUUGUUCAAUUAGCUCAACGCAGCAGGAGUCACUUGAAAAACUCAUCGAAGAAGAAAAAGUUGCCAUGAAUAAUGCUGCAAUUAUGAAUGAAGAGGAAUUGAUACUCUACAAAGAGAGAUUCGGACAGACACAAGCUGAAAAUUUGAAAUUAAAACGCGAAAUUGCUGAACUUAAAUUAAAGUUUGAUGAUUUGGCUAAGGCGAUUUUCAGAAAAUCCCUUACAUAUGUAACUGUAUUUGUUGCUCUAAUUGUAUAUUUUAUAUUCUCUUAUAUUUAAGUGCUAUAUCACUCACACAUACAAAUACACACACAUCCAUAUAUAUUCAUAAUCUUUUAAAUAAUUUUUUCAUACACCAAGUCAAUCAAUCAAUCAACACCAUUUAUCGAUUCAUAAUAUCAACUUUAGAGGGGUAUUCAAUGUUUACUUGUUUUAGUUAGAAAUUUUGUGUCUAUAAAAAUAAGGAAGACAAAUGAGAUUACAAAACGACACGACUUGAAUACCCCGUUUAUAUUCUUAUAAUCUUCAUCUAUAAUUUUUUUUUUGUAAUACAAUUAUUAUCUUAUGGUUUAUUUGUUGUUUCUAAAUUUGUUUUGUGUUGAGAAGCUCUUCAUUAAAAAAAAAAAAAAAACAAAAAUGUAAUUCACGAAGUUAUGCCACCAUUAAACAAAAAAAUCGUCUUUUCUAUCUAAACAAAAUUCUAUUGUAUUGAUAUGCAUCUCUCUUUAGGCAAUAAAUCAUCAUUUGGAAACACUUAUUAUAAAAAAUCACCGAACAAAAAAAAAUGUUUUUUAUAUACCUUUUGUUUAAAUGCGUUAUAUGCAUUUAUUCAAACCGCUUUAUUAUGUAAAUUAAUCCAAGCUUAUGAAAUCAAAUUGAGGAAGGGCGCAAGCAGUUAAAAAAAAGCAAGCAAAACACAUCUCUAAAAUUAAAAUUAAAAAUAAAAUAAAA